AAAGAUGCGAUUAUCUUUCAAUUAAAGAUCUCUAGCAAUUUUUUUCUAUUUUUUCAUUAUUGAGAAAGUGGUAAGAUAACGAACAAAAGAAAAUUCAUAGAUGAAGACUUGCUGCUGUUUCCAAGUAAACGCAACUUUCCCUUACAAAGAAAAUUCAAAGACAAAGACUUGCUGCUGUCUCCAAGUAAACGCAACUUUUCCUUAUAAAAUAGGGCAUACCUUACAAUACCCGUAUGCAUUUUACCAAGAAAAAAAUCUUGAGCAUAUCAUAAAAUGAGCUCUAAUACUAGUUGUUCUCUUUUGAGUCUCCUCUUUCUGCUACUUUUAUUGAUCCUUGAUUCUGCAGAUCUCACUGUUUCCAGCUAUUGUCUUAGGAACUGCGGAGGAAUCAAGAUCCCGUACCCAUUUGGAAUCGGAAUGGGUUGCUAUCUUGAGCACUCGUACGAAAUUGAGUGUGUUAAUUCUUCCUCUAUUCCAGGGAAGUUGGUCCCUUUUCUUUCCGCAAUUGGCAAGGAAGUUGUGGAUAUCUCUUUUCCACAAGUGUUACCCUCAAGUAAUUAUGUUGGCUUGGAAGAGGGGUCAGUUCGUAUAAAAAACAAAAUAACUUCAAAGGGGUGCUCAAGCGACGGAGAAGAGCAUGUGUCACUUUUGAAUUUGACCGGUACUCCUUUUUACGUUAGCCGUAAUAAUAUAUUGAUAGCGUCCGGUUGCAACAACAUGGCAUCAUUGACGAAUGUCGAACCAAUUUUGGUGGGAUGCAAGUCUAGCUGCAGCGCAACAAACCGUACAGCCUCAAAAGAUUAUCUUGCAGAACUCAGUUGUGAUAAGUUUUGCUCCCGUACCAAUGAAACAAUCUUCAAUCAAAAAGGAUGCAAUGGGUUUCAAUGCUGCGAGGCAAACAUGCCUACUCAGAUUCAACAGAUUGUUGGUGUGAGAAUUGAUAGCACCACAACAACCGGAGGGUGCAAAGUUGCCUUCUUAACAGACGAGGAAUACUCUUUUUUAAAUGGUUCUGAUCCGAAACGACUUCAUGCUAAAGGAACAUCAACCGUUGAGCUAGGAUGGUUCAUCCAUACUUCGAAUCGUUCGUAUGUAGAUUCUUUAGGAUGCCAAAGUUAUGAAACUAUGUCUAGGCUUAAAAGGGAAGGCUAUAAUGCUUAUGAAAGUACUUUUGGAAUAAGUUGUUUUUGCGACUAUAAUGCUUAUCUAAGCUAUGCAAGAUGCUCAUGCAAUGACGGUUACCAAGGCAACCCAUACCUUCAAGGAGGAGGCGGAUGCAAAGAUGUUAAUGAAUGUCUAGAAAAGGACUAUGAUGGAAAUUACAAAUGUAUGGGAGGGACGUGUGUCGAUUUGCAGGGACACUAUGAAUGUGAGUACAAAAAACAUCGGCCACUCGCUAUAGGGUUUGGUUCGAGUUUUGGCUCAUUGAUUUUUAUUGUUGGAAUAUACUGGUUAUACAAAUUUAUGAGAAAGCAAAAGAGGUUAAAGCAAAAGAAGAAGUUCUUCAAGCGUAAUGGGGGUCUAUUGUUGCAACAACAAUUGACUGCAACAGAAGGCAACGUCGAGAAGACAAAAGUGUUCACUUCGAGAGAGUUGGAAAAAGCUACUGAAAACUUUAACUUAAAUAGAAUACUUGGUCAGGGUGGUCAAGGUACUGUGUACAAAGGAAUGCUUGGCGAUGGUAGAAUUGUAGCAGUGAAGAAGUCCAAAGUUGUGGAUGAAGAUAAGUUGGAAGAGUUCAUCAAUGAGGUUGUCAUUCUUUCGCAGAUAAACCACAGAAACAUUGUGAAACUCUUGGGCUGUUGUCUUGAGACAGAUGUCCCAGUUCUUGUCUACGAGUUUAUUCCUAAUGGUAACCUUUUUGAACAUCUUCAUGAUGAGUUGGAGGAUUACACGAUGACUACUUGGGAAGUGCGCCUCCGCAUUGCUGUAGAUAUUGCAGAAGCUCUUUCUUACUUGCACUCGGCUGCAUCCUCUCCAAUCUAUCACAGAGACGUCAAGUCUACAAACAUAAUGCUGGAUGAAAAAUAUCGAGCCAAAGUAUCUGAUUUUGGAACUUCAAGAUCAGUAACGGUGGAUCACACCCACUUGACAACAGUAGUUUCAGGUACGGUGGGGUAUGUGGAUCCAGAGUACUUUCAGUCGAGCCAAUUCACAGAUAAAAGUGAUGUCUAUAGCUUUGGAGUGGUGCUCGUGGAGCUCAUUACGGGUGAAAAAUCAAUUUCUUUUCUGCGAUCUCAAGAAAACAGGACACUUGCAACUUAUUUCAUUUUUGCAAUGAAACAUAAUACACUCUUUGACAUCAUCGACCCGCGAAUUAGAGAUGGCUGCAAGUUGAAUCAAGUGACUGCAGCUGCAAAAAUUGCAAGGAAAUGUUUGAAUCUGAAGGGAAGAAAGCGACCAAGCAUGAGAGAAGUAUCCAUGGAGUUAGAGAAGAUUCGUUCAUCUUCUGGAGAUAUGCAGCCAGAUGAGUAUGUUAGCGAAAAUGAGGAAGAAAGAGAGGAAGGAGUCGUGGAAGUUAAUAUAGAGGUAGAAUCGUGGAACGAUGUGGCUGUUACUGCUCCAACGUAUCAAUGCAACAAUGCGGCAUCAUCUUCAUUGUGGUCGGAUGUUGAACCAUUGUUUCCUCUUCAGACACUAUAAUACUCAAAUAUAAUCUCAUGUGUUUGGUUUCACAUUCGAUUUUUGGGUUUGUGUGUGAGAAGAUAUUUCUAUUAAAGGUAAAAUAGGAAAGCCAUGUCGCAGAUGUAAUGUAUGAUAUCUAAACAUGAUUUCUAUC